UGCACUGUAUGCAUACUUUGUGCAUGCAAUUUCCUCACAUUUUGUCAAAAUGUGCACGUGCAUAAUAUAUCCAACAUCUGUAACGUUUCUUUCUUAAACUGUUAUUCUACCCAAAAAUGCCAUUUAUUUUCUGAGAUGAUAACUAGACUGAGUUUUAGGACAUUUAAAGUAAUAUUCUAACAUUUGAAAAAAAAGUUCCAAAUUGUUCAAAUUCUAUUUUUAAGAAAGAGUAGACAGCAGUUUGAUGCACAAUUUAACAUGUCAAGCCACGCCCUAAUGACAAUCAGCGACACCUGUCACAUGAUCACUGAUCAUUUACAUAUUUACACAUCUCAGGAGUCAGGAACAGAAAUCAGGUCCCAUAAGAUGUUGGAGGCAAGCCAAAAUCCAAUUCAAUCCGAUUUUCCGUACUCAUUUUCCGAGGAUGGUCACCUGCGGCAUAGAGAAACCUCCGAACCCUACAGGUUUUCAUUCAAAUUACACAACGCCCAUGAAACCGAGCGGGAGCAUCGGAGCCUGUGUCUCUACAUCACCCAGCACGUGUACGGCCUCUUAGAAAGGAAGUUUCAGCUUAUCAGGGAGAAUCUGGAGGACCGCAGUUUUGUAUUCAUGAGUCCAGGAGCACUGGAGCAUCCUGGGAGUCUUUUGGUUCUGAUCCAGGAUUGGGGAACGGUUCGGAGCGGCGUGUGGAGCUGGAAGCUCACGGCCCACGGCGGUCUGGAGCGAGGCAGUCAGAUCCCAUACCUGCGCUGGGCUUCACUGGAAUCAUGUGCCGUUAUCCUGACGAACCCCAAUGAGGGCGUGCGAACUCAAGAACAUCACGUUCGGUUGGUUUGGGAAUGCCUGGUUUCCCAGAGCUCUGCCGAGCACGUCUUUGUGGUCGCACAUGGAUACGGAGGCCUGGCAUUUGUGGAUCUGCUGUGCCGUCAGCUGGAGGAGGUUCAGCGGCGUGUGAAGGCCGUGGCUUUUCUGGAUUCAUCCCACAGCCUUUGGCACCAGCCGUUGGGGAACGCCGGACGUGACUGGCUGAAAUCCCACUCCAGAACAUGGAUUCUCAGCACGAAGCCUCUGAAUCGCUCUGUGGGCUCGCUGAAGGCCGGCUGCACGCAGCUGUCCGCAGGAACUCAAUGCCACGACUCCGCGCCCGCCAUCUGCAUGGAGUCUGUGUUCCGCUUCUUCGCCAAGAUGAUCAAACCUAAAGCUGAACCGACUCCCUUUGAGAUCAUCACAAGGAGCAAGAGCCGUGCGAACGAGCAAAAUAACAACGCUGAUCACUGACCAAAUCUCAAAUAAAUUUACUUGCAUCACAAUGAUCAUUUCUGUCCUUUAUAUUCUUGUUUUUUUAUGGAAUAUUGCAGUGUUUAUGAUAAAUGAUUUAUCGGUGCACAUCAUUGUGUUAAAGGGUUAGUUCACCCAAAAAGAUGCUAGCAUGUUUUAACAUGUUGCUUGUAUGAUUUAGC